GGGGGGCGGAGCGCGGCGGCGGGGGCGAGAGGCGGUGCCAGCCCCCACCGACCUCCAAACUUUCAUUAACUCGGCGGUACCGGCGGCUCCGGGCCUGUUACGGACACCGGCACCGGCACCGCGCCGGAGCCCCCCGCGAAGCCCACCCGCGGCGCGAGGGGCCGGGCGGCGGCAUGGGCAUGAGCACGCUCACUCUGACGGUGGACUGAAGUGUGCCGGUGGUGGUGCCAGUGCGACGGAGAGCGGGCACGCGAGGGACCCUGUGGUGGGCAGCGGGCACCGCGCUCCAGCCUCCAGGGAUGGCUGACAAGUGCAGCGAGGGGCUGCUGAACGGCGCCGUGCCCGGGGAGCGGGGCAAGCAGGACAAGAGUGUCAAGCGCGGCAACUGGGGCAACCAGAUCGAGUUUGUGCUGACCAGCGUGGGCUACGCCGUGGGGCUGGGCAACGUCUGGCGCUUCCCGUACCUCUGCUACCGCAAUGGGGGAGGUGCCUUCAUGUUCCCUUACUUCAUCAUGCUAGUGUUUUGCGGCAUUCCCCUCUUCUUCAUGGAGCUCUCCUUCGGGCAGUUCGCCAGCCAGGGCUGCCUCGGCGUCUGGAGGGUCAGCCCCAUGUUCAAAGGCGUGGGCUACGGGAUGAUGGUGGUGUCCACGUACAUCGGGAUCUACUACAACGUGGUGAUCUGUAUUGCCUUCUACUACUUCUUUGUGUCCAUGACGCCCGUGCUGCCCUGGACAUACUGCAGCAACGCCUGGAACACGCCCGACUGCGUGGGGGUGCUGGACGGGAACCUCUCCAGCCGCGCCGCUUUCAACCUCACCCGCCUCCUCAACACCACGCAGAAGCGCACCAGCCCCAGCGAGGAGUACUGGAGGAGGUACGUGCUGGACCUGUCGGAUGACAUCGGGAACCUGGGCGAGGUGCGGCUGCCCCUCCUGGGCUGCCUCGGAGUCUCCUGGGUCGUUGUCUUCCUCUGCCUCAUCAAGGGUGUCAAGUCCUCUGGGAAGGUGGUGUACUUCACGGCCACGUUCCCCUACGUGGUGCUCACCAUCCUCUUCGUGCGUGGCAUCACGCUGGAGGGGGCCCUCACUGGCAUCAUGUACUACCUGACGCCCCAGUGGGACAAGAUCCUCAAUGCCAAGGUGUGGGGCGACGCGGCCUCGCAGAUCUUCUACUCGCUGGGCUGUGCCUGGGGUGGGCUCAUCACCAUGGCCUCCUACAACAAGUUCCACAACAACUGCUACCGGGACAGCAUCAUCAUCAGCAUCACCAACUGCGCCACCAGCGUCUACGCCGGCUUCGUCAUCUUCUCCAUCUUGGGCUUCAUGGCCAACCACCUGGGCGUGGAUGUCUCCAAAGUGGCUGACCAUGGCCCCGGCCUGGCCUUUGUCGCCUACCCUGAGGCCCUCACCUUGCUCCCCAUCUCGCCCCUCUGGUCCAUCCUCUUCUUCUUCAUGCUCAUCCUCCUGGGGCUGGGUACGCAGGUAGGUGAUGGCAGGGCCAGGGUGUUGGGAUGGUGUGGCACAGCAGGGGCUGAGGUGGUGACACGCUGCUCCCACCCGCAGUUCUGCCUGCUGGAGACGCUGGUCACGGCCAUCGUGGACGAGGUGGGCAACGAGUGGAUCAUCCGCAGAAAGACCUUUGUGACGCUGGGGGUGGCCGUGGCAGGCUUCCUGCUGGGCGUCCCGCUCACCACGCAGGCGGGCAUCUACUGGCUCCUGCUGAUGGACAACUACGCCGCCAGCUUCUCCCUGGUCGUCAUCUCCUGCAUCAUGUGCGUGGCCAUCAUGUACAUCUACGGGCACCGCAACUACUUCAAGGACAUUGAGAUGAUGCUGGGCUUCCCGCCCCCGCUCUUCUUCCAGAUCUGCUGGCGCUUCAUCUCGCCUGCCAUCAUCUUUUUCAUCCUGGUCUUCACAGUGAUCCAGUACAAGCCCAUCUCCUACAAUGACUACAUCUACCCAAACUGGGCCAUCAGCAUCGGCUUCCUCAUGGCACUCUCCUCCGUCAUCUGCAUCCCCAUCUACGCCAUCUACAAAGUGUACUACUCUGAAGGGGACACGCUGCUGGAGCGCUUGAAAAAUGCAACCAAGGCAAGCAAGGACUGGGGCCCGGCGCUGGCAGAGCACCGCAGCGGGCGCUACGCCCCGGCCUUCAGCCCCUCCACCGAGUCCCACCUCGAGGCGCAGCCCCUGCAGCCGGAGAAGGGCCGGAGCGAGGCGGCUGCCUCCCCCGUGCAGGGCAGCAACGGCUCAGCCCACAGCCAGGACUCCAGACUGUGACCCCCCGCCGCCCCCACACCCCCUCUAACCCCUGCUGCGCGGUGACACUUUCGCACCUUCCGCUGGCGGAGCCUGGCUCCGGGCCGCACCGGACCUCGGGGGGGCUCUCAGCGCCAGUCCCCGAGCCUCCCCCCCACCUCCUCGCCGGUUAACCCACCCCCUACCCCCCACCCCCGUGGCGUUCGUUAACCCUCGUGUUUACGGUAACCUUUGUGCGCGACGCUGGGACAAGAGAGGAGGGGGCACAGCCCUGAGAGGGCUGGGAGCCAGAGGCACUUUGCAGGGGUCCUGCCUCGGGGAGAUGCACAGGACUGGGGGGGGAGUGGGAUACCCCUCCCCGCCUCCCAGCAUCCCCCCCUCCCCGCAGCCAGGCAGCCCACCCUGCUAUGAGUCACCCUCCUGGACUACCCCAUGGGGUAGGACCGGGGCUGGGGCACGCCAGCGGGGCUGGGGCACGCCAGGACUGCCCGCAGCCACCCCGAGCUGUGUGUGCACAGGGUUGUUGUGGUGGGGGCUGGCACCACGGGGACCCCCGGCCCGCAUGGGCACCCGCUGUGGCUCAGAGCCUGCAGGGUUCCACAGGUGCCUGUGCCCAAGAGCUGGUGCCAGGCACCAGGCUGGCACAAGGAGACGGGGGCGAGCACGCUGCCUGCAGGGGCAGCGGGCUCUCAUGGCACAAGACACAAGCACUUAGAGCACACGUGUGCACGCGUGAGCGUCCCUCGCACAGCACGGGCACGCACGUGGCAUACGUGGGCACGCACAUCUGCACGGUACCCCGGGGCUGUGCAGGCGGUGAGCUGGUUUGGCCCUGCCCCAUGCACUCCUCCAGCCCGUGGCCCCACAGGGGGCUGCGGGUGCCCUCCUUGGGUGGCCAGGCAGCACCCACAAAGCUGGGCCCAGCCACAAGCACUGCUGCCUGCCCCGUGGUGGGGCAGGAGGCUGGGAGCACUUAAGCCUGGCCAGUGGAGGGGUGACAGGGUAAGGCCGAGGUCCAGCUCACCCCAGCAGUCCUGGCUUGGGCAGGGGGAGGAACCUUCCAUGGUGCUAAGAGGGAGCAGGAUGGACUGGCCUCCCCCUCCUCCCAGCUGCUGCUAGCAAAAGGUACCAGUGGAGGCACGGAGGGCUGCACCAGCCCCCUGGCUCCAAGCCAUCCGGGGACGCCCGGUCCCCAAACAGUAUUAGUGGAGCAGGAUGCACUGGCAAAGGCCGGGGCAGUUUUAAAUCUGUCUUCCAGCUCCAGCCAAAGGGCUUGGAGCUCUCUCUUGGGGGGUGGAUGGGGCGAGACCCUUCCCACAACUCUGCUCCCCUCCCAGCCAGCGCCCCGUGCUCCCCACGCCACAGCUCCACAGCUGGCACAGGGGCCCGGCACGGCAGCGGUGGGCAAGCGGGUGCUGAGCCCCAGCAGGAUGUUCCAGCUCCCCCGGUCCCAUCCCGAGCCCCCGCCGUGCCGUGGCGUGGCGAGGGGCGCAGGUUCCCGCAUGGUGCCCAUGCCCUGCCCCACGUGUCACGCCGCUACUCUUCACCUCUAAUUGUUAGCAAUAACGCACCUCCCUGGGCAGCGCUGCCUGUGCCAGUGUCUCUCCCGGUGUAGAGUUCUAAAGUAUCCUAGAUUUUAAUGAGAUUUAUAUUCCUGA